AUGGGUGCUGUGGAUGAUACUUUUGGGGCGUUCUUGAUCGGGGUUGUGAUCUCUGCCACGCUUUAUGGAGUCACUUUCGUGCAGACAUGGUACUACUUUAGCAGGUAUUCUUCGGAUCCAUGGUAUAUGAAGCUUUUAGUCGGCGCUAUACUUUUGUCAGACACAGUCCAUCAAGCUCUGAUUACACACACCGUGUAUACGUACCUCAUCACUGACUUCGACAUCCCUGCUAACCUCGGAAAACUUGUGUGGAGUCUGUCUGUUGAGGUUUUGUUCAAUGGCUUCACUGGGCUUCUGGUUCAAAGCUUCUUAACCGCGCGCGUCUACAGACUAAGCAACAAGAGCAUAAUUGCAACCGCGACAGUGCUGUCCCUUGUCAUUGCUGAAUUUGUCAUUAUUGUCGUAUAUGUUGCAAAAGCUGUCAGGUUGACGACCUUCGUAGAAGUUCCCCAGCUCAAGCCAUUAUCAAUGUGUGUGAACGCUGUAGCAGCUGCCGGAGAUGUCCUCAUCGCUGGCUUCCUCUGUGUACUCCUCCAACGGGCUCGUACUGGUUUCCGGAGGUCCGACACCAUGAUCAAUAAGCUGAUUCUGUUUACCAUCAACACCGGUCUCCUCACCAGCAUUUGCGCAGUCAUGUCCCUCAUUUCUAUUACAAUGUGGCCUAAUUCCUACAUUUACAUGGCAUUCUAUUUCUGCCUGGGUCGUCUUUACUGCAACUGCCUGUUGGCAACCCUGAAUGCACGCAAGGGUCUCCGCCGUGAAUCUCAGGACGAGCAUAUGGGGCUCUCGCUACGGGGAGUUCAGAAAUCUGCCGAUAGUCCCAUCGGCCCAUUGCGAAGGGGGAUGCCAAACGACAUUUCGAUUAAGAUUGAUACCACGCGAGACUACGUCGAAGACGAGUACUCACCUGCAAGGGAUAAAUGUGCUCAGUCGGUUUAA